GCCGCCCGCCGCACCGACCGCACCAGUCACUCAGUCAGUCAGUCAGUGAGUAGUCAGUGACUAGUGAACAAGGGAUAUGCGGUAGCGCCAUGGUGAAAGAUCGCUUGGCGUCCUUGCAAGCGGCAGUCAAAGAAUGGGAAGCAGAUCAGUUGGAUCUGGACUACGAUGUCCAAAACUAUGGAAUCACAAACUACGCGGUCGACAUAGAGCAAGAUGAAGAGGCAGGAUACAUGGACCACUUCUUUAGUGAAGUAAAACUGUCAAGAGAAUGGAUUGCAACUAUCAGACAGAAUGUGGCAGAGAUCAGAACACUCCAUGGAAACCUCCUCUCCUCCCCUCGACCAGACGAAACUAUGAAAGCAGAACUUGACGUAAGACAAGACACGAUAAAACAACUAGCAAAGAGAAUCAACAAUAACUUAAAAUCUCUAGAAAAGCGUAUUUACCAGGAGAAAGAGGACCUCGGCCCGGAGGACCAAGUACCUGCGGGUUUGCGCAUACGCAGCACACAACACGCCACAACACUGCAUCUCUUUGUUGAGGCUGUCACAGAGUUUAACUCAGAACAAGUCGACUACAAGGAGAAGUGCGAAGAGAGGAUUCAUAGGAUAGCUUCAAUAGCAAAAGCCGAAGUAUCGGACGAGAAACUAGAAGAAUUGCUAGAGCAAGGCAACUAUGGUUCAAUAUUUAAUAGUGAUAUAAUAACAGAGACUCAAGAAACUAAAAGACAGUUAGAAGACAUCCACAUUCGACAUGAAGAACUUCUCCGACUUGAGAAGUCUAUCUCAGAACUUCGGGACUUGUUUGUAGAGAUGGCUAUCUUAGUGGAGCAACAGGGUGAUCUCAUAAAUAGCAUUGAACACCAUGUUCUUGAUGCGGGAGAAGCAGUAGAAACCGCCAAAGUUCAGACUAGGAAAGCGAUACGUUAUAAGGGCAAAGCAAGAAAGAAAAAGCUCAUCCUUCUUGGCUUGGCUGUGAUACUGACCUUGAUUCUGCUAGUCUACAUAUACUUCAGUUGGAUCAAACCGUUUUUGGGAGACGGAGGGUCAACUAGUUCUAAUGCAACUGCAAAGCCGAAGAUAUCCAUCAAUGAAGAACCUAAAAUCACCACAACUGAUAAACCGACCACAACCUUUCAGUUACCUACCGAAGAUGACUGGACAACUACAUCGGAAAACUUGAUUACUUCAACUGGAAAAAUCUUAAGUAGUUCCACAGAAAACUUAAUUACCUCAACAGAACCACUUUAAUUACUCACCUCUGAUUUAUGUAAGGUUGAUAAAUUUGAUCUUAAAGUGCUAAGAUUGUAUUAACUUUUUUUUGAGCUUUCUAAAAAAAAUGAAAGUCAGAGUAUUUCACGAGUGAUAAGCUAUUAUUUAUGUACUACCUACUGUAUAUUAUCUUAAGUUCCUUUGUUGUGUAAGACUACUGAUCAAUAUGUGCUUCUCCUAAUUAUGUGUACCAAUAGAUCAUCUUCAUGAAAACUAAUCAAGAUACACAUUCAUGUUGUACAGUGUAUUUUACAGUUCAUUUUUGCCUGAAAAGGUAGUGGUGAAACAUCAUGAUAGGUCCGUAUUUGUAAUUUAAAACACUUUUAAAUAGAACUUUUUUGUGUAGUUAAAAUGUAGAACUUUUUAUAGGUUGUUGUGAUUUUUGUAGAUGUUACCGAAAAGCAAUCUGUGAUAUGAUUAGUACGGUACGGAUAUGCAUCUUAACUAUUUUACAGUGGAAUACAUUUGUUGUAGGCCUAAUGACAAUAUGCCUUCUUUUUACAGAGCAAAACUCAAUAAGAAAGUGUAUAAUUGUCAUUUUCCUUUCAAAUAAUUUUAUCUUAUAAAAUUCAUAACAUAGAAUGUCCCUGGUUUACAUCUUGAUACAAGAUCAAAUGUUUUCAGAUGAAACUGUUACAAAGACAUAAUUUGGAUUAUAUCCCAAGUUUAGUCAGUUUAAAAUAUAGUAUGAUUAAGCUUAUAUGUAAUAAAUUUCACAAACAUAACUACGUUUUUAUAGGUUGUUCAUAAAGUUGUAUUUGGAUGUAUAUAAAAGUUAUUUAUACAGUCAACAAAAAUAUUACGUUUGCCUUGCAUUUAUUGCUUAUGUGUCACUUUGUGUGUUUACUAGUCUUCCUUGUUUUGUAUUUAUAUGAUUAUGAAAGUGUAUAAAUAAAUAUGUAAAUCACUUA